UGCAUCAUUUCCGGGUUUUAAACCUUGAAAUAUGUGAAAUAUUCUAAGUAUUCCUAGAAUAUAAGCCUUCGAAAAUAAUACCUUCGUUUGAUUAUGUCUUUGGAAAAUACCAUAAUGUUUUCUACAUCACCUGGGGUAGUAAUCGACAGGAAAAACACAAGGAUAAAUAUGUCCACCACAUUCAACCGAAAAUGCUUGCCAAGUUCAGAUGAAAAAAAUAUUGAAACAAUCUGGGAUAACAGAAAAAAGAAAAAUAGCACAUUAUUUAAUGGAACAAAAUUUAGACUAGAUACUGUGUGUCAGUUAUUCAAUAAAGAAACUUUGACAUUUACUCUGAAUUUGGGGUUGACAGAUUACAAAGACUUUAUUGGGACGAAUUGGUCGCCAAAUGCAAAGCAGAUUCUUCAACAUGGAGAAAAUGAAUAUGGAAAUACACAAGCUUGUAUGUCAGAUGCAAUGGGCGUUGGUUCUCUUGUCCUGACUGCAGAUAAUCGUGCCAUAUUUUUGAAACGCAGCCAGUUUUGUGGAGAAGCUAAUGGUCUUUAUGACAUUCCAGGUGGCCAUGCAGAACCAAGUGAGUUGGUAGGGAAAUUACCAAUGCAAGAAAUAGAUCUCUCAGCGCUGAACGAGGAAGCUGUAAUUGAUGAAAUAUACAACUCAACACUCAGGGAAAUCAGAGAUGAAGUCAAUGUUCCCCUGGAUUCCCUCACAGAACCAAUCUUAAUGGGAAUAGCUAGAAAUAUCACAAGUUCAUAUAGACCUAGUGUUGAAUUUUUUGUAAGAUGCAGUUUAUCAGGUGAACAAGUUGAAAAAUUAUAUCAUAAAGGUGGAGCAGAGGAGUAUGAAUCCACAACAAUUGUAUUCAUUGCACUGGACAGAAUAAAAAGUUUACAAAAUGAUGACUUUUGGAAUACUAUGGCCCCUUCUGCCAAGGGAUGUGUGAAACUUUUUCAGUUGAGUGAAAUAUCAGCUGAAUGAAUCUGAAUUAACCCUAGAAGCUCUGAGGUAAAAAAUCACACGAAGCCCCAAGAGUUAACCUCCCCCCUGGCCAAAAAUUCUUUCCAAAUCAUAUAGUUUUUUACCAUUCUGAGCUGUUUCGGCCAUUUUUGGGGCCUGCACAUGGUAGAAUUAGUGCUAGCUAUUCUUGAUUUUUUCUUGGAGCUGAUGAUUGCAUAAUUAUAAAUUGAUUACACCUUAUCAGAGGCAUAUAAAACAUCAUGUUUUCUAUGUCUCUGACCAUGUAUACAGUUCUGCUGAUUUUGUCAAAUACAUUUGUUAUAUCUAGCUCCAGCUACUGAGAAUUUUAUCCUACCUCAUGUCUAUAAAAAGUUUCAGAGAAAAAAACUGCCUUUUGUACCCACUAGGGCUUCUAGGGUUAAUAGUAAACAGCAGGGAAAUGUAGUAAGUGGAAUUGUGGAUGCAUUGAAAGAUACUGU